AUGCGUCAGAAAGUCAGUGACAAAAUUGACGAGCUCGAAAACCUCGACAUCAUCGAGAAAGUUAACACCCAUACGCAAUGGGUAAGCCCCGUUAUCGUGGUACCGAAACCCGACGGUGAUAUCCGCCUAUGUGUAGACAUGCGUAGAGCGAACGAGGCCAUAAUUCGUGAGAGACACCCGAUUCCGACGGCGGACGAGAUUUUAUAUGAUAUUAACGGCAGCAAAGUGUUCAGUCGGUUAGACCUGAAAUAUGGGUACCACCAAAUCGAGCUAGCAGAGCAGUCGCGGAAUAUUACAACAUUUGUAACUCACAAAGGACUCUAUAGAUAUAAACGGUUAAUGUUCGGCAUUACGUCCGCGCCAGAACAAUAUCAACACAUAGUAGCUCAAGUGUUUCACGACAUCGAAGGGGUACAGAACAUAUCGGAUGAUAUCGUUGUUCACGGUCAAACUAAAGAGGAGCAUGAUGCGCGUCUAGAGAAAGUCCUAGAGAGGAUUCGCGAAACAGGACUGACCUUAAAUCGAGGGAAAUGCCAGAUCGGGCUCAGUGAGAUCGAGUUUAUGGGUCACGUGAUUUCGGGCAAAGGUAUCGGUCCAACGGAAGAGCGAGUUAAAGCAAUCGUAAAUGCGACACCGCCGAAGACGUCGUCGGAAGUCCGCAGCUUCCUAGGUCUUGUUAAUUUCAGUGGACGGUAUAUUCCAAAUUUAGCGACAAUUUCGGAACCGCUGAGGAUACUCACCAAACAGGGUGUAGAGUUUGUAUGGGGACCAGAACAACACGCGAGUUUCGCAAAGUUGAAAGAAUGCCUCGCCCAGGCUGAGACGUUAGGUCAUUAUUCGUUGAACGCAGCUAAGACUACUGUGCUGACAGAUGCGAGUAAUGUAGGUCUCGGAGCGAUUCUCCUUCAAGAGGAUUCUGACGGUAACUCGAAAGUUAUCGGCUACGCGAGUAGAGCGUUAAGUGACGUAGAACGCCGGUAUUCGACAACCGAGAAAGAAGCGUUAGCUGUGGUUUGGGGGUGUGAGAAAUUCCGAAUCUAUCUGAUGGGAAUAGACUAUGAACUAGUGACAGAUCACAAACCCCUGGAAGUGCUAUACGGUCCUAGAUCGAAACCGAACGCGCGAAUUGAACGCUGGGUGAUGAGACUAAUGCCGUACCGAUUUAAAGUUAGAUAUGCGCCAGGUUCAGGAAACAUCGCUGAUGCUUUGUCGCGAUUGGUCGACACGCGAAAUGUAGGUCAAAGCGAGAUCGAAAGAGAGACUGAGAACUAUAUAUAUGCAGUAGCAAGGGAGGCUACUCCGUCUGCUUUGACAACGCGCGAAGUUGAAGAAGCGUCGAAAGUUGAUGAAGAGCUGACUAUGAUUAGAGACAGUUUAAGCUCUACAAGGUGGGAGAAAUCGUGUCCGCAGUACUAUCCGGUGAGAGAUGAGUUAAGUCGACUCGGAUAUUUAGUGUUGCGUGGAACAAGACUGGUAAUCCCCAAGUCCUUGCGAGAAAGGUGUGUUCAACUUGCACAUCAGGGACAUUUAGGCAUAGUAGGGACAAAACAACAACUGAGGACCAAAGUUUGGUGGCCCCAGAUGGACAAAGAUGUUGAGAAACAUGUUAAAUCGUGUCAUGGCUGCCAGAUCGUCGAGUCAACGGUACAUCCGGAACCGUUAAAACCAACAGAAUUGCCAACCGGUCCGUGGCAAGACCUCGCGAUUGAUUUGUUGGGACCGCUCCCAACCGGACACUAUGUGUUUGUUGUUGUGGACUACUAUAGUCGAUAUUACGAAAUCGACAUAAUGAAGGACACUUCGAGUGUGAAAAUUGUUGAAAGUUUGGAGAAUAUGUUCUGUCGUCAUGGGUUACCAGUAUCUGUAACCUCGGAUAACGGACCUCAGUUCAAGUCUGAGCAGUUUAGACAGUACAUGAAGGAAAACGGAAUAGUACAUAGACGUACUACGCCUCUGCAUCCGGCAGCGAAUGGCGAAGUCGAGCGCCAGAAUCGUUCGUUAAUGAAGCGAAUUAAAAUCGCACACGCGCAGUCCAAAGACUGGAAAACAGAAAUCCGAACGUACUUGAUCGCAUAUCGAACGACGCCUCACACGACAACAGGAGUUUCGCCUGCGGAAUUAAUGUUUGGGAGGAAAUUAAGGACGAAAUUACCUCAAAUCGAACAAUACGCAAGAAGUCAGAUCGAUGAGGGAGUUCGCGACAAGGACGCGAGUGCGAAAUAUCGAAAUAAAGUGUAUAUCGAUGAGAAACGCCGAGCGAGAGAAUCCGACCUGAAAGUUGGAGAGACCGUACUUGUGAAACAAAAACGAACUGACAAAUUCAGUACGCCGUUCUGUCCAGAACCGUAUACGUUGAUCGAGAAAAACGGAAACAGUUGCACCGUUAUGUCGAACAAUGGUGUUUGUUAUCGAAGGAACAGUACAUUUAUGAAACCGUACAAUGUGCCCGCAAAUAUCAGUCAUGAGUUGUCUGUCAAUGAUGAAAAGAGUCAUCCAAGGUCGUUAGAGGUCGUAGAGAAACAACAGCCUGUGGAUCCUGGAAGUCCAGUGAGAGUCAUGGAGGACACUCUGGACGAUAACGACGAUGAUCCUCCUGAUGAUCCGCCACCAGACGUUCCAUCUGAGACGGUAUCCAGGCCCCGGAGAGAUGUCAAGCUCCCAGCAAAGUUCACAGACUAUGUUAUGCAUUGA